GAUUGAUGAAUGAGAUAUUACUACUGCUUUACUACACCCAACUGCAAAGGUGAAUGAGCAUAGAAACUCCAUGUAUACUUUCUAUAGUGGAUAAAGUAAAAUUUAUGUAAACAGUCUGAAUUAAUGCAAGUAACUUUUUAUGUUCCUAUAAAUAUAGCAAAGGACGAUCUAAAGCCAAUUCACAAAUAAGAGCCAAAUAUGGAGGCUAAAUUCCAAAAGUCGAUGAUCUCUGGAAUACAGACGGUCCCGCCGGUGGAAGUCACCAAGCACCGUAAAGUCCGCUCCAUAUCUGUUGGAGAUCCCUUGGGAGCAGGAAUAUUCCAGCGGACAUUAAACAUAGUCACCUAUUACAAGCAUGCAGGUGAUAGUGGUGAUAGAGGAUGGUUAGUGGGCGGGUGGAUGAAGGAGUCGUUAGGGAGAGCCUUGACGUUGCAUCCUAUGACUGCUGGUAGACUGAGGUGGAGGAGGAAGACAACAGCGGCGGAUGAAGAUGGUCUGGAGGUGGUGGCUAAUGACUGUGGCGUUAGGCUGGUUGAGGCUAGGUUCCCGGCGAGUUUGCCGGAGUUUUUUGAGAUGGUGAAGAGAGACAAUGGCAGAGCUGAAGCAGAGACUGUCUUCUGGACAGACAUUAAUGAAGUUGAUCCUCAAUUCUCUCCAUUGUUCUAUGUUCAGGUGACUAGCUUUGAGAGUGGUGGGUACUCAGUUGGGAUAAGCUGCAGCAUCCUAUUAGCUGAUAUCCUCCUUGAGACAGACUUCUUGACCAAAUGGGCACAAAUCCAAAGCUCUUUAGCUCAAUAUCAGACCACACUCAAACCACUCUUCUACCUCCCAUCAAACAAAAGAAUCAAUUUCCUCACUGAACUGUCUAGGUCAGCCUCGGUUCUCGACCGCGGUGAACCCCUUGUUUUCCUGGCUAAAACAUGCUCGAAAAUGUCACUAGCAUGCGUGAAAAAGGCCGUUGCAAACCGAGAAACAACUAGGGCGAAUGUAUUCUUGUUCGUCAAGGAACAAGUUGGUGAUAAAAAUAGAAAUACUACUGAACGUGAUGGUACGAAGGUAGACAUUCAUACGAGUGAUGAAGCGAUUAGCGACUGCGAUUGUGGUGACGACAUAGAAGAGGAGACAGAUGUUGGAGUACUUGAUCUGAGCUUGUCGUUCGAUGACAAAUUUGAAGGCAGUUCAUGCUGGACUGGGUCUAUCUCAAAAGGGCUUGUGUUUGGCGUCCCAUCUACUUUUGGUGAUACUAAGUCGCUUGUCAAAUUUGUUAUUGCAUUGCCAAAAAAGUGAUUCAUUAAUGUGGCAUUACUAUUUCAUUUUUUUAUUCUAUGGUUUCUAAGAUAAAAUAAUUGUUGUCAAUUUUAUUAUGUAACCAUGUGAUUCUGCAAAUUAGUUUGUCAAUUAAUACUCCAAUAAUAUUAGAACCUUUGAAGUGA